CAACACUUUAUCGCUUCGCUGUAAGAGAAAAAAAAAACCGAAAAUGGAUACUUGGCUAUCCAUAAAGCACUCAUCAGAAGACGAACAAUCAAAAGGCCCAGCUCCACUACUUCUGCCGUUUUCUUCUCCGCCGCUCAUUCUGAAUUUCAUUCACAACACUCCAUUUUUCAGACAAGCUUCGAUUCCAAACCCCAACUUCCUCCCACUACUCGCGCAAACCUCGAACGUUGUUCGUGAAUUGCAAAAAUCUAUUGCUUGUAAUGUGGAUAAAUGUCUCGAGAUGCUGGUUAAUUUCAGGUCCCAGAAUUCGGUCCUUGAUAAAAUAAUGUCAUUUUCUUCUUAUCUUCAACAUGGCUGCCAGAUUCCAAUCAGGCACCGCCGGAAUAUGCCACUGCUGUCGGAUUCCAAUUUUGCCGCCAUAUUACCAGGCGAUGCAAUGGCUGGACUUGUGGUAGCAAAUGGGCUUUCGAAUUUCUUGAACAUAUACAACACUUUGUUGGUCGUAAGGCUCGUAUUGACUUGGUUCCCUAAUGCUCCUCCGCAAGUUGUCAGCCCCCUUAGCACAUUAUGUGAUCCGUACUUGAACAUAUUCCGAGGAUUAAUUCCACCACUCGGAGGACUGGAUCUAUCACCUGUACUAGCAUUUCUCGUUUUAAAUGCCUUCACAAGCACAGCUGCUGCACUGCCUGCUGAACUACCAUCGACGGAAGCAUCAAAAGAUAUGCCUUCUCGCUUUACUGCAUCACAGAACAAGUGGAUGACUAGGCUUUCUGCAAACAAGUCGAAGCGCCACACCGGUGAUCUUUAAGCUGUUUUUACCUCUUCCCCGUUUUGAUUUUUUUUUUAACUACCACUAUGAUCCAAGAUAUAUAAUAUUGCAUUCGUUUUGAAUA